AUGGCCUCGCCAGAACAAACACCCCCGGUUGACCCGAGCAACCCCCCGAUCCUCUUCCGCAAGAAGCGCAAAGCAGGCAUCCGCCAACGCGCCGCAUCCCCCGACGACACCACCACCAACAUCGCCGCUCCGACGGUCCCGAUCCCGACAACAGAACCAAACGACAAGACCGUCGCGCGCAGCAACGACGACGAUGCGCAGGAGACGGAGCAGCACAUCCCCUCCGCCAUCCGCCACCGCGCCCGCAAACGCCUCAACGGCGUCGCCUUCUCAACAACAGCCCGCACAUCCUCCUCAGACGACCGCCCCGCGACCGCCGACAUGUCAUCAUCCCGCGCCCUCGUCCCGGCGACGUCACCGCCAUCCGACGAACCUCUAAUCGCAAAACGCUUCGCGCCCCAGACGGGUCUCGCGACGACCAUUGUCAACAAACACAUGAUGGAAUACAUAGAAUCCCACCUCUCUAACCGCGCAUCACCCUCCGCGGAAGCAACCUCAAACACGACACCACAACCCGGCGGCGCAUCCUCCGCCUCCGGCUCCACAUCGGCAGCGGCCGCUCCGGACAAGGAGAAGAAGGUGCACCCGAUCAUGCAGGGGAAGCUGAUGGAAGUCGAUCUCGGCGACGAGGUCCGCGCCCGGAACCAAGCCAUGACGGAAAAAGCGGCCCGGCGCCUGCUCGGCGAAGCCGUGCCGGACGAGGACGAGGCCGGUGACGGCGGGCGCAAGGCGAAGAAGUCCAGGCUCGGAAGGGACGGGAAGCCCUGGCGUCCGAGGAACCGGAGGAACAGCGACGACGUCAAGAGAGAUCGGCUCGUGGAGGAGAUUCUGCGCGAGAACAAACUCGAUGUCUACGAUGUGCCCGCUGUGCAACAGCCCCAAUACGAGGGUGACGGAGACGCAGAUGAUCGCAUCGCCGAGGAGUUCCGGCGCGAGUUCAUGGAUGCCAUGGUGCAGAGGCAGCAGAAGAAGAAGGCGACUGCGCCGCCGGCGAGGGUUGGUGCGCGCAAAGCGGACGAGGACGUCCUUAGGGGUCCGAAGCUGGGAGGCAGCAGGAACUCCAGAGCAGCCAUGCGCGAUCUGCUGCUCAAGAAAGAGAAGGAGGGCAAGAAAUGA